AUGCCUCCAAUUCAGCGCAACCAAGGCGAAGACUUCACUCAAGCAAUCAAUGACGUCGACAGUGACUCCACCCGCAACUCAGAUGGAACUGAUAGCCUUAGCGACUCAGAUUUGGAUGAUGAUGCAGACUUGAUGCGGAUUCGCAACACCAUUGCUGCCCCAACCGCUAACAUGUCAACUCAAGAUCUUCGCAAGGCGCUUGAAAUCGUGCAAAAACUUCUUUUUGACAUGCGUGGAAAGUACCGGGAAUCAUUGAAGAAGAUUGCUUUACUCGAGGCUACCGUUUCGAAAGGUCGGAAGACAAAGCUUACAAAGAAAGAUCUUGCCCUUGCUGCCAAGGAAGACAGCAUCAGAAAUUUUGGAUGCAAGUUCUCUAUCACCCACUGCUUAUGGGUCGAAACAUCUAUUUUCCCCUUGCGUGAGCCACCUCCCAGAAUUGACCUCUCAAGCAAGGAGCGAUGGCUCUCACCGCUAUCCAUCCAGGAUGGCAUUAAAGCUGAACUUUUCCAAUUCAUACCGCCAGCUGACCAUAAUAUGAUGGCUCAUAAAAACUUUGGCUCCCAUUUUGUGAAAGGCGUCAAUAAUGUUCAUGCCGAAAUGCUCUCAGAUGUCAAGUCAUGCGCGGCAGCCAUUUUUGGCUUAGAUGCCAAGUUUUUUAUACGCGGUUAUGCAUGGGACACAGAGCCUUCUUGCAAAUCUCUGCUCCUUAACCCCCAAGGCCAGUACACGAAGUUUGCGCCGAUUCUUUUCCCUCGUCCGGACCAUCUCCUCAGAGAUCAGUUUUUGAAAACAGCAAAACUUGUUUAUAUUCUGAAAGCGUCACUCUUUGGCCGGUCGUCGCUCGCUGCCAAUGCAGUUCCCACUCCGAAAACAAAGGCGAAAAUAUGGGAGCUACGUGCUGUAACACCGGGUCUCAUUGCUGCAGCAGCCAUUGUCGCUAUAUUUGUCCUUUCCGGUGACAAAGAGUUGGUUGAAGUUGGCGACAAAUCUCGCAUACCAUACAAAGACUACCAUAACUACUACCGACAAUCGCUGUUGACUGGAGGUGCCUGGGCAGACAGAGUCUUCACCUUUUUCAACAACUCCUUGUUUUCCACUUCUUCUGCCGCAACUCUCCUUGAUUCAGACUCGACGUUACUAGGCGACUUGACGAGUGGUCCGCGUGACAGCUGGGAAGAAAUGUUUGAGCAUGCAAUGGAGACUGGGGCGGAACUACCAGAACUGAAUAUGAUUCAGACGUCGUCGUCAAUCUCUGCUGCCAUGCAAGGUCUAGCUUUGGCCGAGCACCUACCACCUGCAGCAGUCGACGAGGACGUUGAAGCAGAGCCUGUAGCUCCUGUUGCUGCUCAGAAGCCGAAGCUGAAGCCGAAGCCAAGGCGGAAGGGCAAGGCUGCAGCUGCUGACAGUAACAUUUCAGAAGAUCAAGCUCCUGCCAAUGUUGAACCUGAGGUUUCAUCAUUAGUAGUCAGUGGCAGUGGUGUGCGAAGGGGCCGAUCAAAGACCACUAAGUAA